UACCCAGAUCGAUCAGCUCGCCUUAAUAACCAUCUAACCCAGAAACCCAGUUAGCUCGAAUUCAACAAUGGAAGUUUCGUCAUGGGAUGGAACCCUUUCGUCACGCGACUUCCAGGUUGCAGCACGUGCUUUGGCAGAGAACUGGAAGCAAUACAACCCUGCCUUGCCUCCAUGGACGUGGUUUCCUUGUCUUAAACAACCUUCUCGUCUCUCACAAGAGCAGGGCUACUUGUCAUUGGAGAAGAUAUGCCCUGUUGGAUCAAACAAGGAACAUGAGGAGAAAGCUGUAGAUGAAGAAGAGCUUGAGCCUGUUGAUGAUGCCACUCUUGUUGAGAGUAGUGGUUCUCAGGUGUGUUACUAUGAUUUCCAUAUAAUAUACAGCGAUUCGUAUCGAGUUCCUGUCCUGUAUUUUCGUGGGUACUACAUUGAUGGACAACCUUUGGGAUGGGAUGAGAUUGAAAAAGACUUACCUGUAUGCUCAUCGAAGGUGUUACUGGAAUCGAAAUGGACAUUCAUAACUCAGGAGGAGCAUCCGCACUUGAAUAGGCCAUGGUACAAGCUGCAUCCAUGUGGGACUAGUGAGUGGAUGAAGCUGCUUUUUCUUGGUGAUGAAUCUCUGGCUGAAAGAGGAGUAGCAGUUGAGCAAUACUUGGUGUCAUGGCUCUCAGUUGUUGGUCAAGUAGUUGGUCUUAGAAUUCCUUUUGAAAUGUUGAAUCAUCAUAAAAGUUGAAAUAUAUUCUAUGAAUAGGAGUUGAUGGCUAAAGACUCAUCAAAUCAGUCUUAGAAGUUUAAGCAUAUUUGUU